GGAAAGUGAUUCGGAAGUAUUUCAUAACGCACUGACUUAAAUAUAGGAUUUAUUUUGAAAGUCUGCACCGGAAACGCUUUGGGUGAAUAUUUCAGUAUUGACAGAGGUGGAGGUGAAAGGCGUAGCUAGUAAACAUCCCUGAGGUGAAAACGGCCCCACAGCCCCGGGUUCAUUCCGCUUCAGCUCGGUUCUCCUCAGACCAGCCGGUGCCGUCCUUCGUCCCGUUCCCGUCGGAGACCGGUGCAGUGACUGUCAGUGUCCGAUAACCACUGUCGGGGCGUCAGAGCGCUAGCUAGCUAGCAUAGCCACCGAGCCGUAGCAGCACCGCAGCUAGCAUUAGCAUCAGCAUCAACCGGACGAGAAAACAAAGAUGAUAGCGCUCAUCAACAAACUGCUGGACUGGUUCAAGGCGCUGUUCUGGAAGGAGGAGAUGGAGCUGACCCUGGUGGGGCUGCAGUACUCCGGCAAGACCACCUUCGUCAAUGUGAUAGCGUCGGGUCAGUUCAGUGAAGACAUGAUUCCAACGGUUGGAUUCAACAUGAGGAAGAUCACCAAAGGAAACGUCACCAUCAAGCUGUGGGACAUCGGUGGACAGCCUCGCUUCAGGAGCAUGUGGGAGCGCUACUGUCGAGGCGUCAGCGCCAUUGUGUACAUGGUGGACGCAGCAGAUCCAGAGAAGAUCGAAGCCUCAAAGAACGAACUGCACAACCUACUGGACAAACCUCAGCUGCAGGGAAUCCCAGUUCUGGUCCUGGGGAAUAAGCGGGACCUUCCUGGAGCUCUGGAUGAGAAGGAACUGAUUGAACGCAUGAACCUGUCGGCCAUUCAGGACAGAGAGAUCUGCUGUUACUCCAUCUCCUGCAAAGAGAAAGACAACAUCGACAUCACACUCCAGUGGUUGAUCCAACACUCCAGGACAAAGAGGAGUUCCUGAGAACACAACAGGCCACGCCCACCACCCUAACCAACACUCCCUUAUUGUAAACCCCUCCCCUAUUUAACUCAGUAACAUUAACCCCGCCCCCUGCCCCGCCCCACCCCCCACUGGUACCAUUCCUGUCCCAGACUCCCUUGGACAUCCUCGUCCUGUUAAAUCCAUUAUUUGUGGACUAUUUAAAUCCGAGUCAGUAAAUAAACCGAAUGUUUUGGCUUUAGUUCGUCCUCUCAGACUGGAAACAACGACUGACGCUGUCACCAGUUUACAAACAAACAAACAAACAAACAAACAAUUAAAGCUGAACAGAAUGGUUUCAGUUGGACUUAAACCCACAGACAAUUAAAGACCAGACCAACCAACCAACCAACCAACCAACCAACCAACCAAGAGUUCCACAGAAGGUAUCAGUGU